GUCGGUCGUCUUGGCGAGUCAUCAGCAGAAAAGAGCCCAGAGUGGGAUGGAGCCGCUGUCUGAACGUGACACGGACUCAAGCAGACCAAGCUGGGCCAGGCUAGGCCAGCYCUAGUCCUACCGUCUGGCCCAACCAGACAGGCCGGCGACCUCUUGGGGGAGUUCAACAGGCAGAACAGGACUAGACGAGACUCUUAUCAGGCUGUAACUUCAAAUCACAACUGUUUGGGAGGUCAUACUGGUCUGACCGAUCUCCAGUCCUUCCAUGUUGCAGUCGUCCCUGWAUGGAUGUUGGCAGCAGGAUGGAUUCGAGUGUUGAUCUGACCCGYGGAGGCUCUUUGCACUGCUUGCAACKCUUCAUGUUGGACUGUCUUUCAUCCCUCCCCUCAUUAAUCUUUAAGCCCCUUCCUCUCUCCUGGGGCCACCCYGAGCCCUGUAUGGAAGGGCCCUUUAGGAACUGUAGCUUGUCUUGUUAAAACAGCUGAAAUUGCACAAAGGAUAGAGCUGAUAAGUCCUUACAAACUUCAAAACAGAACGAGUCGCUGCAUUCAUUUCAUUUUUUAAACGCCAUUAAUUYGAGAGCUUUUUAUUCCAGAAAAGGAGUUUACAGUUAAAGGUUUGCUCCCRCAGUUAAAGUUUACGCAAUUUGUCCGUGGAUUCACCUUAUUUAUAUCUACACGUUUUCCUCCUCCCUUGUGGUCUGAGCCUUGUGUAAAAAUGUCGGAAAGCAGCAGCAAAGCUGUGAAAUUUAUUGCCCCGGUCCCUCCUACAUCCUCGGCCUCCCCCUGUCCGUCGCCUCAAACGYCCCUCAAGAAUGUGAAUGGCUCCGCCAGUUCAGACACGCACGUCGUGGAGAAGCUCGCCGUACAGCCCGAGGUGCGGCGGCGGCGCCACACGAUGGAGAGGGACUCCAAAAYGGCCGAGCACCGUUUCUUUCGCCGCAGUGUUAUUUGCGACUCCAACGCCACGGCCUUGGACCUGCCGAGCAAAGCAACCAUGAUUCUCACCUCGCCUCCAGACUGGGAAGGGACUCCCAACUUCUCGUCUCCGCAGCUCUGUAGGUCCGAGGAGUGGUACUCCGAACACGAGGACGACAGGAGAGGGUCCUACCUGCUAGGCGCCACUCUCCAGCCUUACCUUGGCCUUAGUGGGACGGUUGCGUCGAGGCAGGUUCAGAACACUGAAGGAGAUUCCGAUGCAAGCGUUAUCUCAGUUGCUGUUCCURCRACUUGCAAAUCUGACGGCGCAGAGGGGACGAUAAAAGAACAUAUCUUGACAGUAUUGGAUGUUACAGAUAAUGUGAUAAGUGAAAAAUCUGAUGUUACAYUGCGUCCCAGAGGGAUUCAGGAGGCGCAGCCGGCGUCGAAAGACGGAAAAGGGAUUGAACAAGUGAUCGAGGAGAGCGUUAGUAGUCCGACCGAGGAGAAAGACAAGGAGACGGAGGAAGGGAAGGUACUAGCGAAAGCCCGGGCAGAGCAGAGGGAAGCGGAGAAACGAGUUCAGGAGGAUAUAGAAGAGGCUGAGACGAAAGCUGUGGGGACUUCUCCAGAUGGACGCUUCCUGAAAUUCGACAUUGAGAUCGGGAGAGGAUCUUUUAAGACCGUGUACAAGGGACUGGACACUGAGACGACAGUGGAAGUGGCAUGGUGUGAACUCCAG